ACUUGUUAUUUUCAUUCCUAUUUUGAUAACAUCAUACUAAUUUUAAUUUUGAGAUGGUUUUCGUCUCAAACGUAGUUUUAUUUUUAUUUUUUUGUUAGAAUUUACUAAUAAUAUAUCCUAUUAGAAUUCGCAAUUGUGGUUAACCGUUGAUUUAUGUCAAACGUCAAUUUUCCGGUAUUCCCAGUUUCUGCAAUAAUGUAUAAUUAUCCGAGUUCAAUAAAUUAUUCAUUAUUCGUUCAAGUGCUAUCGAAUGUUAUCGAAGUGUUCAACGCGAGACUGGAAUAGCUUACAGAGUGAAAAACAGUUGAAUCCUAGCAUGUCGAGCAUCAGGACGACGGCACUAUUGCUGUUGGCGGUCCUGUCGUCGUUUUGGAUCUCACAGCAACAAGUCUCGGCUCGCAUACUAACCGAAUGCGAAGCGGCCAAGGAAUUAGUACGCGGUGGAGUGGAGCGAAGCUUUAUAAGCCACUAUGUGUGCAUCAUGAAAAGUGAAAGUGGUUUGGAUACGAGAAAAAAAGUAGGCCCGGGUCACAAAGCCAGCUACGCUUACGGAGUCUUCCAAAUCACCAGUGACAAGUGGUGCAGUGCUUUCCGGCCCGGUGGAGUUUGUAACAAAAAUUGUAAUGAUUUCCUCAACGACGAUAUUCAAGAUGACAUUGCGUGCGCCAAGAUUAUUGCUCAACGGGAAGGCUUUAAACAUUGGAAGGGCUGGCUGAAGAACUGCAAAAAUGGAAAACUUCCGAAUGUGUCCGGCUGCAUAAUUAAAAGGGAGGUCAAUUUGAGCGAUGCUGAAGAAAUGGAAGAGAUUGAGCCGGAACAUCUCGCGCAUAUGACUGAUCUGCAGGACUUGGUCGAUUAAUAUACAUUUUUAUAUUGUGAUUAUUUUUAAGUGACUGGCGACUGUUGAUUUUCUCUGCUGGAACCAGAUUUGAUACUAAUAAAAAAGUUUAUUUUAAUUUUAA